UUUCAAUAUUGAGGGUGGCGACUGCUAGAUACACCUACUACCACAAUCUGUCUCUACCUCUUCCCACCACCCACUCUACUCCCUAUAGUAUUGGACUGCGACACACAGACAGACAAGGUGGUGGUCAUUUGUCAAUUGUCCCUUCCAUCACACUGUCACCGUCGUAGUGGUUGAGUGAUUGAUUGAUUUGUUUGUUCAUUUCUGUCCCCAUUGAUGAACAACUAAUGUCGUUGUCGGCUUCAAGACUAAUGACUGGAUAAAGAGAGUGACAAGGGAGUGUUCACAACAAGAUGCAGAACAAAUAUAGCAGGGACUUUGGAAACACUCCACCACACAUAACAGUGGUAUUUUCUGCAUGAACGUAAGACAUGUAAUACUUGCCUUCGGCUUGUUUCAUUCAUUAAAGUGCGGCCAUGCUGGGGCACCGCCUGGAAGGAUUUUUAGCCGAAUGACUCGAUCCCAGAACUUGCUAUAACUCUAAAACCUGGUUCUUAUUCUAUCGGUCUCUUUUGUCAUACUGCUACGUUACAGGAUGUAAACACACCAACAUUGGUUGUCAAGCAGCAUUGUCAAACACACAUGCAAAAACACUCACAUGCACACACAAACACACACACACACAUAUAUCAUAUACCCCAUCAUCAUUGGCUGCUGAAUGAUGAUGAUGAUGAUGAUGAUGAUAUAUAUAUAUGUACACAUGUGUGUGUCACCGACCACUGCUUUUUGUUUCUUUGAAGAAACCAGAAAAUUUCCUGCUGUAUAGUUUCAAAAAAUGCCCAACUUAAGUAAUGCAAGAUGGAAUUCUUGAGCAAAACUAGCUCUUUUGGCAUUUAUUCUUCUACCAGAUAAAAGUUUUGUUUGUCAACGUUUGUUGAUUCAUCUCUUAGAGCUGGGCAGAUUUUUGGUUUACUGACCAAAUGUUCAAUGCACAUGAUUAUCAGAAGUUAUGUGGUAGCCAGCAAGUUCAUAAAAAAGCAUUGAACUCCGUAAAAAAACUUUUGGACUCCAUCAAAACUGGAAAUUCCCAGAACGAAUCAGAGUGCAGAAUGGGCAACCAAGGGGCGGAGGUGUUCCACCUCCCUGUCAGAGCUGAUAAAAGACCACAGCCAUCCACAAUCCAUGCUACAGGAACAUAUCAACUUUUCCAGUCUUGAUAUUCAGAUUAAACUGUUUCUAUUCCAUAGACAUAUUCUACAUUCUGCAAGGAAUCGUUUGUCGGCAGAAAAUCCAGGAUACUUUCAUUAUAACCAAACUCUGUCUGUUUAAUGCCGUCACUUUGAAGAACUUUAACAAUGGAGAAAACCUUCCGGCAAAAACUCCUCGCCAAAUACAGUAAUCUGAAUAACAGAAGUGGGAAAAAGUUCUCCUUUCUCAAGAACUUCUCCUCCAAUUCUUCUGAAAGUACUCCUAAAAAGUUCUCCUUUCUUAAGAGUCCUUCUACAAAUUCUUCUGAAAAUCCUACAAAAAAUGCCAGAGAAAGCAAAGUAACUUUGCAACGGGCUUUUUUUUGUGACAUCUGUGACAAAUCAUUCUCUCGAAGUAGUUAUUACAGCUGGCAUAAAAUGAACCAUUCUCUUGGCGAACCAGUGCCAAAAAUAUCACUGAGUAAACGAAAACAGAAACUCUGUACAACCCACAAAUGUGAUAUCUGUGAGAAAGUCUUCUCUAGGUUUGAGUAUUUACGACUUCACCGACUGAGCCAUGUUGAGGAGAAACCAUUUUCUUGUGAGACUUGUGGACAGUCAUUCAUACAAGCUAGUCUGCUAAGAAACCAUGAGAAAACUCAUGCUGAUGGCAAAAUCUAUAAAUGUGAAGUUUGUGAAAAAGAAUUUUCUAAGAGUUGUGAUCUAAAACGCCAUCUCAGUGUCCACCUGAGUGUGAAACCAUUUAAGUGUGAAAUUUGCUCUCGCAAUUUCUCAAGGAAUGACUAUUUGAAAUCUCAUAUGCUGAGUCACACAGGCAGCACUCCAUUCAAAUGUAAAACUUGUGGGAAAGGAUUUGUUCGACGGUUUGCUUUAGAAAACCAUGCAAGGACACACACAGGUGAAAAACCCUAUGUCUGUAGCAUUUGUGGCAAAACUUUCUCUCAAAAAUCAGGCUGGAUGUCACACUCAAAGAACCAUGUCGACAAAAAGGCUUUUGUAUGUCGAGUUUGUGGGAAAGGGUUCACACAGAUGUACUCGUUGAAAAGACAUGAACGCACGCAUGCUGACAAAAAACCUUACAGUUGUGAAUAUUGUCAGAAAGAGUUCUCACAGAGUGGACAGCUAAAGUCGCACCUGGCCAUUCAUACAGGAAUCAAACCAUUCAAAUGCGAAGUGUGUGGUAAAAAUUUUGCCCAAAAAUCCAUCUUGACAAAACAUGAGCGGAUUCAUGCUGAAAUUAAACCGUACAGUUGUGAGGUGUGUGGCAAAGGGUUCACACAGAACUUCACCUUACAGAUACAUCUGAGGAACCAUACAGGGGAGAAACCUUUCUCCUGUACUUAUUGUGAUAAGGUAUUCUCCCGUAAAGACAGUUUAAAUAAUCACAUCAAGAACCAUACAGGUGAGAAAGAUUUCUGCUGCAGAUAUUGUGAUUCUGCUUUCACAAAAAGUUCCACUUUGAAGCGACAUGAGAUGACACACACUGGGGAACGGCCUUAUGUUUGCCAAAUUUGUUCCAAGGCUUUUGCAAAGCCAAGCGAUCUCAACCGUCACAUGAUUACACAUACUGGCGCCAAACCAUAUACCUGUAAUAUAUGUGGGAAGGCAUUUUCUCGUAAUGAGCACCUGAAAAAACAUGAGACUACUCACUCGCUCACUUACCAGCCAUGGCUACUCUAACUGAACUCAAUCCACCUCUUCCCAACCCAAUCACUUCCACAUAAUUGAACGAAAUUCUCACCUUUGACCUCUCUUUGAAGUCCAGUCUGUUAGAUGACUUUCAAAAGUUUUCAUUUUCUUCCCUCCAACACUUGCUGACACAGGUAGUUCACACCUAGUAUUUAUACAAUAAUAGUGGCAUUUAGAUUGAUGUGAUACUCCUCCCUGCUUUACUCUGAGUUUCAGGAUAACAAGACAGGAUCCAGUUGGAUCUUAUUUUAGUACUCCGUCCCUUCUAUAUAAUUACAGCACCCAAACACACAAAGGGACCUGUCUUUGUUAGGGUUGACUCCCACUGGAAGAAGAUACACUGGCAGACAAUGAAAGACAAACACAACCAUUAAGGUAACUGAAACUGCUAGAAAUAGCAGCUAAAUCUCCCCCACACCUUACAGUCUGAAUAUAAGAUGACUAGAAGGUUUGUCUAUCAACAAUCUUUUGGACUAGAGCUGACUUGUGAGCUAAACAAUAACAACGACAACAACAGCAUGUCCUCAUUAAUAUCUUAACGACUCUUUCAGAAACACUUCUCAUCCAGUUGCUGCUGCUGUUAUGGUUUUCCCAUAUUACUCGAAAGCCAUUUUUCCUAUUGAUUUCAACCAAACAUUAAAAAGUUCUUCAUCUCCUCACGUAAAUGACACCUGGGAGAGGUUUGAGUGAGUGCGAAAUGAAGUAACAGACCAAGUGGAUUCCUACAAUUCCUCUGAUGAUGAUGAUGAGGGUGGGCUUUGCUAACUGAUAUUCUAAGUCACCAGGAACAUGUCAAUGGUUGCUGUUAAAAGCUUUUGAAGUCAAAGGAUUCAGUACCACCUGGCUAUUUCACGUAAACCUGCCAUCUUCUGUGGGGACUUAACGUGUAUAAUUUUCUCAUGUGUCAACUACACACACAUACACACAUUGAUAUGAAUGUACAAUCAGCACACAAUAUGUGUAUAUAUAUAAAUAUAUGCGUUAUUUACAUUAUUUACAUUUGACGGAUAUUUGUCCUCAUCUUGUUUGUUGCUAACACAACGUUUCAGCUGAUAUACCCUCCAGCCUUCAUCAGGUGUUUUGAGGAAAUUUCGAACCUGGAUUCUCAUUCCUAAGGUAUUUUUCGAUAUUGUUGUUGUUGUUGUUGUUGUUAUUCAAGUCACUGCCUGGAAUCAACUAACCCCAAGAUUCUGAGUUCAAUUCCAGGCAGUGACCUGAAUAAUAAUAAUAACAUUGAAAAAUACCUUAGGAAUGAGAACCCAGGUUUGAAAUUUCCCCAAGACACCUGAUGAAGGUUGGAGGGUAUAUCAGCUGAAACAUUGUGUUAACAACAAACAAAAUGAGGACAAAUAUCCAUGAAAUGUAAAUGAUGUACAUAAUUCCUCAUUUCUUGAAUACAAAACUGUAUAAAUAUAUGGGCAUGUCAUAUAUUUUUAUGUGUGUGUGUGUGUAUAUGUGAAAAGUAUUUUCAUAUUGGGAAGAGUAACAGUAGAACAACAUUAUAUUGUUGUGGUAAGUGAAGUUUCCAAUGUUUUGGACAACAGCAUCUUUCAGUGGUUCAGAUGAUAGGAGAGAAAAAGUAGAGACAGCAACGUUUUACCUCCUCAGUAAUAACGGGGUGGCAUCACCACUCAGCAGUGUACGUGUGUGCAUGCAUAUGUACAUAUGUUUAUGCGUAUAUAUAUAUAUAUUAUACAUAUGGCAGUGAAACAUGGGCUGUAACUGCUGAGGACAUACGUAAGCUCGCAAGGAAUGAAGCCAGUAUUCUCCGUUGGAUGUGUAAUGUCAAUGUGAAUACCCGUCAGAGUGUAAGUAUCUUGAGAGAAAAGCUGAACAUUAGAAGCAUCAGUUGUGGUGUGCAAGAGAGACGAUUGCGCUGGUAUGGACAUGUGGUGAGAAUGGAUGAGGAUAGCUGCGUGAAAAAGUGCCACACCCUAACAGUUGAGGGAACCCGUGGAAGAGGUAGGCCCAGGAAGACCUGGGCUGAGGUGGUGAGGCAAGACCUUCGUACAUUGGGCCUCACCGAGGCGA